AUGGCCACACAAGAACGCGCUCUGCCUACCAGAAGUCUGACCAACGACGAUGAUGCUGUCCCUGAUGAGGAUACCAGCGAGGUGACCAAGCUCUUCCACGAGCGCCUGCAAGCAUGGAAGCAUGCAUGUGGCUACCUCGAAGACUACGUCUCGGCCACCGAGAAGAUGCAACACUCGCACGCCAAGGAGUACGAGAAGGUCCUCAAGACCGUCUCGCAUCCUCUCAAGGAGGGCCACCACUUCGACCAGAACUUGGGUGGCGUCGCCGGCGCCUUUGAUACCAUUCGUUCCAACACUCAGGGCAUCUCGAACUCGCACGCCGAAACAGCAAAGACUCUCAAGGGUUCCGUGCUUCCCAUCUUCGAGCGCCUCCACACCGAGGUCAAGAACAAGACCAAGGAGCUCACAAAGGGCGCUGGCAAGGGAGGCAAGCUCGUAGACAAGGCUCGCGCCACUUCGCAAAAGCACAUUGAGCAGCUCGGCCAGCACACAGCUUCCUUUGACAGCGCUGGCGGCAAGAUCCACGCCAGCGAAGACCCUUACGUUCUCCAGCGUGGCGUCUACCACCGCUUGAACAAGCAGAUCAUCGAGGAGAACAACAACCGCAACGACAUCAUCGCCGUGCAGAACAGCUUUGCCCAGUUCGAGGCCCACAUCCUCACUACCAUCCAGAACGGUUUGACUCAGUUCAACCAGAUUGUCGGUGCCCAGGCCGAGCAGACUCGCACCAUGUACGCCAACAUGACCAGCACCGCUCAACAGAUCGCUCCCGACUUUGAGUGGAACGGCUUUGUUCAGCGCAACAACCAGGUCCUGAUCGACCCCAACGCUCCUCCACGCACCAUGUCCAACAUCUCCUUCCCCAACCAGAACCACAGAUCUACCGAGCCUUUGAUCGCCGGCUCCCUGGAGAAGAAGGGCAAGUUGCUUAAGAAGUACGAGUCCUCCUUCUGGGUCAUCACUCCCUCCAAGUUCAUGCACGAAUUCAAGACCGACGACGAUUUUGCAAAGGACCCCAUCCCCGAGACAUCUUUGUACCUGCCUGACUGCAUGGUUGGUGCAGUUGACGGACAGAAGUUCCAGGUCAAGGGCAAGGAUGUGUCGGGCAGCAGCUUCGGGAACAAGCUCACCAUGGCACACGAGUACGCCUUCAAGGCCCACACCCCUCAGGACGCUGCAAAGUGGUGGGAGACUCUCAGAAGCGCUACUGGCUCGACCACCAACGAGCUUCCUCCAACUAGCCCCGCUGUCAGCAGACAGCCCACUAGCUCCAGCAUUCUCGCACCCGAAAAGUCGGCCACCGGCGAGUACGUUGAGCCCACCAAGGUCUUUACCGAAGCAGACACGCGUCCUCAAACCACCGACGCUGCCGCCCUUGAGGCAGAGCGCAAGGAGGCAGCAUAUGCCGCUGCUGGUCCUACCGAUGGUGUCGCAACCCACAGCAAGGUCUAG